UGCGGCUGACGACAGAGGCAGGGGCGGAGUCAAGUUGGAAUUUUGGCGGGUUCGCCUGUAGACCGGGAAGAGGCGCCGGCGCCGGCUCUGGCCAGGAUCCUACGUCACUCAUCCUCUGGGCAGCUCAUCCCCUUUCGAUGUUCCCUGUUGACCCUGCUCUUGACAGCAUGGAUGGGGAGGAAGAUGAUCUUUCUUUGCUGACUGCACUGCUUGAGGAGAAUGAGUCAGCCGUGGGUUGUAAUUCAGAAGAAAACUGCCUGCCCCAGGAAGAGGGCAAACCUGACACGUUUGAUGAGCUCUUUGAUGCUAAUGGUGAUGGGGAAUCCUACACAGAGGAGGCUGAUGAUGGAGAAGUGGGAAAGACGGAAGACCAAAAGGAAAAUGUGGCCACGCUCUUUGGAGAUGUAGGGGACUUAACAGAUGAAGAAGAGAUUCCUACACUGCAAUCAGCUGAAGAUAGGGUUCUCCCUGUGCCUGCUCCCAGUCGAGAGAAGACUAAUCAAGAGUUGCAAGAUGAGCUAAGGAAGUUGCAAGAGCAAAUGAAGUCUUUACAAGAACAGCUAAAAGCAGCGACAAUUAAACAACCUGCAAGUCCAGUGCUUCUACAUAAAUCCCCUGGUAAGUCUCCACAUCCCCCUAUAAAGGAGAAGAAAGUUCAGAGGAUUCAGGAAUCGACGUGCUUUUCCGCAGAGCUGGAUGUCCCUGUUCUGCCAAGAACCCAGCGGGUGGCUCGGACACCAAGGGCUUCUGCAGAGCCCAAAAGUUCACCAAUUUCGAGGACGACAAGUGCACCUUCCCUACCACUCCAGACUAUUCCUGGAAACCAACCUAGAGGGGUGACGAGAGAUCAGAGCACAAGGACCCCAGGAAGUUCCCAGGAGGUGACUCCACAGGUCCCUGUCUCCACGGAAGCCUUCUCAGGCUUGCGGCUCAGGAAACCUCGUGUAUCCUCUACAGAAAUGACCAAGAAAAUGACUGGCCGAAAACUGAUCAGACUGUCUCAGAUCAAGGAAAAGAUGAUAAGUGAAAAGCUGGAAGAAAUAGACUGGGUGACAUUCGGGGUUAUAUUGAAGAAAGUCACCCCACAGAGUGCUAACAGUGGGAAAACAUUUAGCAUCUGGCGGCUGAAUGAUCUUCGUGACCUGACACGCUGUGUGUCAUUGUUCUUAUUUGGAGAAGUUCACAGAGAACUCUGGAAAACGGAGCAAGGCACCGUCGUAGGGCUGCUCAACGCUAACCCCAUGAAGCCCAGAGAUGGGUCAGAGGAGCAGGUGUGCUUAUCUAUUGAUCAUCCCCAAAAGGUCCUAAUUAUGGGAGAAGCUCUUGACUUGGGAACCUGUAAAGCAAAGAAGAAGAAUGGAGAACCAUGUACCCAGACUGUGAAUUUGAACGACUGUGAGUACUGCCAGUAUCACGUCCAGGCUCAGUACAAGAAGCUCAGUGCGAAGCGAGCCGAUCUGCAGUCUACUUUUUCCGGAGGACGGAUUCCUAAGAAGUUUACCCGCAGAGGCGCCAGCCUGAAAGAACGGCUGUGUCAGGAUGGUUUUUACUAUGGAGGAGUUUCUUCUGCGUCAUACGCAGCCUCGAUGGCAGCCGCCGCUGCUCCCAAGAAGAAGAUUCAGACCACUCUGACUAAUCUGGUCGUGAAGGGCACGGACCUGAUCAUUCAGGAAACCCAGCAAAAGCUCGGAAUACCCCAGAAGAGCCUGUCUUGCUCUGAGGAGUUCAGGGAGUUGAUGGACCUGCCGACAUUUGGAGCCAGGAACUUAAAACAACAUUUAGCCAAAACCAAGGCUUCAGGAAUCAUGGGGAGCCCAAAACCUGCCAUCCAGUCUAUUUCGGCAUCAGCCCUCUUGAAACAACAGAAGCAGCACAUGUUGGAGAUAAGGAAAAGGAAAUCAGAAGAAAUACAGAAACGGUUUCUCCAAAGCUCAAGUGAGGUCAGCAGCCCCGCCAUGCCAUCCUCAUCCCGACAGCCCCCCAAAUUCCCACAGCUGGAAGGAGCCCCGGCCACGCAGACGCCGAAGCUUGGGCGAGGCAUCUCUGAAGGAGAUGAUGUUCUUUUCUUUGAUGAGUCACCACCUCCAAAACCAAAACUAAGUGCUUUAGCAGAGGCCAAAAAGUUAGCUGCUAUUGCUAAAUUGAGAACAAAAGGCCAGGUUCUUACAAAAACAGAUCCAAACAACAUUAAAAGGAAGCAAAAGGACACCCAGGACAUCCUGGAAGUAAAGGAACGUGUGGAAAAGAACAACGCGAUUUCUCCUCAAGCAGAGGACGAAUUGGAGCCUGCCAAGAAGAAAAGGAGAGAACAGCUUGCCUACCUGGAAUCUGAGGAAUUUCAGAAAAUUCUCAAAGCCAAAUCAAAGCACACCAGCAUCCUGAAAGAGACCGAGGCUGAGCUGCAGGAGCGCUAUUUCGAGCCACUGGUGAAAAAAGAACAAAUGGAAGAAAAGAUGAGAAACAUCCGCGAAGUGAAGUGUCGAGUAGUGACCUGCAGAACGUGCUCCUACACCCAUUUCAAGCCUUUGGAAACCUGCAUCAGCGAGCAACAUGACUACCACUGGCAUGAUGGUGUGAAAAGAUUUUUCAAGUGUCCCUGUGGAAACAGAAGUAUCUCCCUCGACAGACUCCCCAGAAAGCACUGCAGUAACUGUGGUCUCUACAAAUGGGAACGGGAUGGAAUGCUAAAGGAAAAGACUGGUCCAAAAAUAGGAGGAGAAACCCUGUUACCAAGAGGAGAAGAACAUGCCAAAUUUCUGAACAGCCUUAAGUAACCCUCACUUCAGACAUUUUCCCACAACCCACCUCACCUCCUGUGGCUCUGGGAAAGCCAGGGAUUGGCUCUGGAUUGUUCCUGUUCCUGAUUGACAGCGACAAACAAAUGCUUGUAAAGCCCUCGGGCUUUGCUUCUUUCCUCCGUUGUGUUGGUUUGACAUGAAAUGUGACAUUGUCUUUGAAGUGGAAAAUCAAGAAACCAUUGUCUUUCCUAUUCUUGGUAGAGAUGACGACAUGACUGUGCUCACAACUCUCUUGUCCAGAAACUGGAAGAUAAAUUGAAAGCUGGGUUUCCAGAUCUCUUGGUUUUAAAGUGUAUGCUCCUUUAUUACAAUAAAGAGCUAGUGUUUAUAUGGACAGCCAAAGAAAAAAUAAUUUUGAAAAAAAGAAUACAGUUGCUUAACUUAGGAGCUUCUGCAUCCUUAUCUGUGAAAUGAAGACAAUUGGACUAAGUGAUUUUCAAGUGUAUCUUUCAGCACUCAGAGUCUGUAAAUAGUGUAACCUUUUCCCACCGGGAUAAUUAGGAUCACUGCCCUGCAUACGAUCUUGAUGCACUGACAUUAAAAGCCAAGUUCCUUUCUGUUGUACUGGCAUCUCUGUUUUGCUCUUGAAAGUUGGACAAAUCACUGGACCCUUUGCAUUUCGGUUUAUUUAUGUUUAUAUAUGGCAAGAGAAAGAAAAGUUCUCUGUUCUUAACGAUAUUUGGAGCUCUGAAAUAGGGAUACGUAAAAUCUCAUCAUUUUUAAGCAUAGAUUUAUGUAUUUAAAGGAACUGGCACUUCUAAACAAAAGUAAUACAAAAUUUGAGAUGCCGUGAAGCAUGACUGUUAAGCAGAAAUGUCCUGUGUACAAAGACAGAAAAUCACUUAGAGUUUGGGGUUUGCAGAUAUACUUUAUUAACUCAUCAAGAAGAAAAGGCCAAACCCUGUGCAAAUUACCAGCAAAAAAAAUCUUAGGAGAAACCUCUGUCUGGCCAACCUGACUUUGCAAACAGAUUCAUGUGAAUGCUGACACCACCUAAAGACAAGGCAAAUUGGCUGGCACCGCGGCUCACUUGGCUAAUCCUCCACCUGCGGUGCCGGCACCCUGGGUUCUAGUCCCGGUUGGGGUGCCGGAUUCUGUCCCGGUUGCUCCUCUUCUAAUCCAGCUCUCUGCUGUGGCCCGGGAGUGCAGUGGAGGAUGGCCCAAGUGCUUGGGCCCUGUACCCACAUGGGAGACCAGGAGGAGGCACCUGGCUCCUGGCUUUGGAUCACUGCAGCGCGCCCGCCGUAGUGACCAUUUGGGUGGUGAACCAACGGAAGGAACACCUUUCUCUCUGUUUCUCUCUCUCUCACUAAAUCUGCCUGUAAAAAAAAAAAAAAAAAAAAGACAAA